AUGCUAAAUGCUCCUUACUUGAAGAAUUUUCUCAAGUUGAGUUCCAAGGUGGCUGUGUGUUGGAUCACUUGUUGUUCUGAACUCCUAAGUUCUCCGGACUCGAGGGUGCUGGUCUUUUCGUUGCAGUGUUCUCUGAACAUGCUUGAAGGUGAUACUGGGUGCUCAGUAUGGCCAUCAAGUCUGUUUCUAUCUGAGUUAAUACUUUCUCAUCCAGAAUUAUUUUCAAAUAAAUCAUGCUUCGAGAUUGGUUCAGGAGUUGGCUUGUUAGCCCAUGUGAAUGCUUCCAAGGUGAUUUUAAGUGAUGGUGACCUAUCAACUUUAGCUAACAUGUAGUUUAAUUUGGAGUUGAACCACCUGAACGUUGAAGAUGACAAUGACAUGCCGCAAAGAAACAAAAAUCCAAACACGGUAAAAUGCUUGUAUCUGCCUUGGGAAUCUGCAUCAGAAAGUCAACUACAAGAUAUCAUGCCAGAUGUUGUUUUAGGUGCAGAUGUGAUAUAUGAUCCAGUUUGCCUGCCACAUCUUGUUAGAGUACUUGCCAUGGUUUUGAUGAAUCAGACGAAUUUGGGCUCCUGCAGACAGCAUGCAAGUUGCAAGGGCCACUCUCCAAACAUUGAACAUGAGAAUGGUGAACAUAAUCAUGAAGAUGCUAUUAACAAAUCUGAUGGUGGAUGCAAAGCGAUUUAUAAUGAUGGUAGUAAUAGCCUGUCAAAGGAAGCACCGGUGGCUUAUAUUGCAUAUGUUAUCCGGAAUAUUGAAACUUUCAACUAUUUUCUCUCCCUAGGCAUACAGGCUAACCUUGAUAUUGGGGACCUUACUGAUUCAUUGAAGCCGGUAAAUCUCCUCUGCUGCAUGAAAUCAUACAAUCAAGCCACUGUAAGACUAUUGCGUAUCACCAGCAGUAAUAUACAAUAACGAUCAUUUGACUUACUUUCA